GAUGCCAUAACCGAGAUGGACGAGCACAACCGGCCCAUCCACACGUACCAGGUGUGCAAUGUGAUGGAGCCCAACCAGAACAACUGGCUGCAAACCACCUGGGUGUCCCGCGACGCCGCGCAGAAAAUCUACGUGGAGAUGAAGUUCACCCUGCGGGACUGCAACAGCAUUCCCUGGGUGCUGGGCACCUGCAAGGAAACCUUCAAUCUCUACUACAUGGAGUCAGAUGAGCCCCAUGGAGUAAAAUUCAAGCCAAACCAGUACACUAAAAUUGAUACCAUAGCUGCUGAUGAGAGCUUUACCCAGAUGGACUUGGGCGACCGUAUCCUCAAGCUCAACACGGAGGUUCGGGAAGUGGGGCCCAUCAGCAAGAAGGGGUUUUACCUUGCUUUCCAGGACAUUGGAGCUUGCAUUGCCUUGGUGUCAGUCCGUGUCUACUACAAGAAGUGCCCUUUCACGGUCAGGAACCUGGCCAUGUUUCCUGACACCAUUCCCAGGGUGGAUUCUUCCUCGCUGGUGGAAGUGCGGGGCUCCUGCGUCAAGAGCGCCGAGGAACGCGACACCCCAAAAUUGUAUUGUGGGGCAGAUGGGGAUUGGCUGGUGCCUCUGGGAAGGUGCAUCUGCACUGUGGGAUAUGAAGAGCUGGAUGGUUCCUGCCAUGCUUGCAGGCCUGGAUUCUAUAAAGCAUUUGCUGGAAAUGUGAAGUGCUCCAAGUGCCCUCCACACAGUUUGACUCACACAGAAGCAACUUCUGUCUGUCAGUGUGAGAAAGGUUAUUUCAGAGCUGAGAAGGACCCACCAACUAUGGCAUGUACCCGGCCGCCCUCCGCCCCGAGGAACGUGGUGUUCAACAUCAACGAGACGGCGCUGAUGCUGGAGUGGAGCCCCCCGAGCGACACGGGCGGCAGGAAGGACCUGACCUACAGCGUGGUGUGCAAGCGCUGCGGCUCGGAGGCCGGGCGCUGCGAGCUGUGCGGCGGCGGCCUGCGCUUCGUGCCGCGCCACAGCGGCCUCACCAACGCCUCCGUCACCGUGCUCGACUUCGUGGCCCACGCCAACUACACCUUCGAGAUCCAGGCCUCCAACGGCGUCUCGGAGCUCAGCUUCUCCCCCAAGCAGUUCACGGCCAUCACCGUCACCACCGACCAAGAUGCACCCACCUUGAUAGGUAUGGUAAGGAAGGACUGGGCUUCCCAAAACAGCAUUGCCCUCUCCUGGCAAGAGCCGGACUUUCCCCAAGGAGCAAUUCUGGACUACGAGAUCAAGUACUAUGAGAAAGUCUACCCACGGAUAGCGCCGGCAUUUUGGCACUACCUGCGGGUAGAAGAGCAUGAGCAGCUCAGCUAUUCCUCCACAAGGUCCAAGGCUCCAAGUGUUAUCAUCACAGGUCUCAAGCCAGCCACCAAGUACAUAUUUCAUAUCAGAGUCAGGACGGCAGCAGGAUACAGCGGCUAUAGCCAGAAGUUUGAAUUUGAAACUGGAGAUGAAACUUCUGAUAUGGCUGCAGAGCAGGGACAGAUUCUUGUAAUUGCCACUGCUGCUGUUGGUGGAUUCACUCUCCUGGUCAUCCUCACUUUGUUCUUCCUCAUCACUGGCAGAUGCCAGUGGUACAUAAAGGCCAAGAUGAAAUCUGAGGAGAAAAGAAGGGCUCAUUUGCAAAAUGGACACUUACCUUUCCCAGGACUCAAAACCUACAUAGAUCCAGAUACAUAUGAAGACCCAUCCCUUGCUGUCCAUGAGUUUGCCAAGGAGAUUGAUCCUUCAAGAAUUCGUAUUGAAAGAGUCAUUGGGGCAGGGGAGUUUGGAGAAGUGUGCAGUGGGCGUCUGAAGACACCAGGAAAAAGAGAGAUCCCUGUUGCCAUUAAAACCCUGAAGGGUGGCUACAUGGACAGGCAGAGGAGAGAUUUCCUGAGGGAGGCCAGUAUCAUGGGGCAGUUUGAUCACCCGAAUAUCAUUCGCCUUGAAGGAGUUGUUACAAAAAGAUCCUUUCCGACCAUUGGGGUGAAGUCUCUCUCGAGGUUCCUGAGGGCAGGAUUUUUAAAUAGCAUCCUGGCCUCACAUCCAGUGGCAGGGGGUGGAUCUUUACCCCCCAGCAUUUCCUCUGGCAGACCAGUAAUGAUUGUAGUUGAAUACAUGGAGAACGGAUCCCUUGACUCCUUCCUGCGGAAGCACGAUGGGCACUUCACAGUGAUCCAGCUGGUGGGGAUGCUGAGGGGAAUUGCCUCUGGCAUGAAGUACCUGUCGGACAUGGGCUACGUGCACCGCGACCUGGCCGCGCGCAACAUCCUGGUCAACAGCAACCUCAUGUGCAAAGUCUCCGACUUUGGCUUGUCACGGGUGCUGGAGGAUGACCCCGAAGCUGCCUACACCACAAGUGGAGGGAAGAUCCCCAUCAGGUGGACGGCUCCCGAAGCCAUCGCUUACCGCAAGUUCUCCUCCGCCAGCGACGCCUGGAGCUACGGGAUUGUCAUGUGGGAGGUGAUGUCCUAUGGAGAGAGGCCCUACUGGGAGAUGUCCAACCAGGAUGUCAUUCUGUCCAUUGAAGAGGGCUACAGGCUUCCAGCUCCCAUGGGCUGCCCAGCUUCUCUCCACCAGCUCAUGCUUCACUGCUGGCAGAAGGAGAGGAACCACCGUCCCAAAUUCAGUGACAUUGUCAACUUCCUGGACAAGCUGAUCCGCAACCCCAGCACCCUUCAUACCCUAGUGGAGGAUGUACUUGUAAUGCCAGAUUCACCUGGUGAAGUUCCAGAAUAUCCUUUGUUUGUUUCAGUCAGUGACUGGCUGGAUUCCAUAAAAAUGGGUCAGUAUAAAAAUAACUUCAUGGCAGCAGGUUUCACAACUUUGGAUAUGGUUUCAAGAAUGACUAUUGAUGACAUUAGAAGAAUUGGAGUUGCACUCAUUGGACACCAGAGACGAAUAGUCAGCAGUUUACAGACUUUGCGGUUACACAUGAUGCACAUACAGGAGAAAGGAUUUCAUGUAUGAAAGUAAUAGAAGCAACUGUGUUUUGUGCCUCAGCAUUUCUAAAAUGGAAAAAUAUUCUCAUUCUUCCCUUCUGCUCUUCCCAACUUCGAGAACUGCAGUCUUCAGUUCAGACUAUACAAGUACUUCUAUGUUAAUGCUUCCAAACUGGAAUUUUUAAUCACACUGCACAGCUCCUCCACCAGUUCUCUGCCGAUAAAAUCCUUGGCCUACUGCAAGACUCUUGCUACACAUUGAUGAAUAACUCAGCAUGGAUGUGUAACUUUGUAUAACAGUAUUUGGGAAACUUUCAUGGACUUACUUGAAAGUAGUAAUCUAUUUGGCCUGGUGUGGCUUCUUUAUCGAUGUAUUUAGAAUUUGCUGGUAGAUCAAAAAGUAUUUGACUUCUUUCAUGUUCUGUGACCAUGUAACUUCCAACACCAAAUGUGCAAUCAAAAAGAAGUUUAACAUAAAUAUUUAUUUUAUUUCUUAAUUAAAUGCAAAUAUAUG